AUCAGGACACCACGGCUCCUCCUGAAGCGAUGGCUCAGCCCUACCCCCAGGCCCAGUAUCCCCCACCACCACAGAACAGCAUUCCCACUGAGUAUGUGCCACCCCACCCUCACCCCACACAGGACUACUCGGGCCAGACCACAGUACCAGAACAUGCCAUGACCCUCUACACACCAGCACAGACCCACCCAGAGCAGCCAGGCACCGACGCCAGCACACAGCCCAUCACUGGGACACAGACAGUACCGCAAACAGAUGAAGCUGCACAGACAGACAGCCAACAGCUACAUUCCUCAGAGAACACAGACAAGCAGCAGCCCAAGAGAUUACACGUCUCCAACAUCCCCUUCCGGUUCAGGGAUCCUGAUCUACGGCAAAUGUUCGGGCAAUUCGGAAAAAUAUUAGACGUGGAGAUCAUUUUUAACGAACGGGGCUCCAAGGGAUUUGGGUUUGUAACUUUUGAAACUAGCACAGAUGCUGAUCGAGCACGAGAGAAGCUGAAUGGGACAAUCGUAGAGGGACGGAAAAUAGAGGUAAAUAACGCCACAGCCCGGGUUAUGACCAACAAGAAGACCACGAAUCCCUACACAAAUGGCUGGAAGCUAAACCCGGUGGUGGGUGCUGUAUACGGACCCGAAUUCUAUGCAGUGACAGGAUUCCCGUACCCCACAACGGGCACAGCAGUAGCAUACCGAGGGGCACACUUACGAGGUCGGGGACGGGCUGUCUAUAAUACAUUCCGGGCCGCACCACCUCCUCCCCCCAUUCCAACAUAUGGCGCGGUCGUGUAUCAGGAUGGAUUUUAUGGCGCAGAGAUUUAUGGGGGCUAUGCAGCCUACAGAUACGCUCAGCCAGCAGCGACAGCAGCAGCUUACAGUGACAGUUACGGCAGAGUCUAUGCAGCUGCUGACCCUUACCACCACGCCAUUGGCCCUGCUGCAACUUAUAGCAUUGGAACUAUGGCUAGCCUCUGCCGAGGAGGGUACAGCCGCUUCACCCCCUACUAGCAAGAGACCCAGCCCCUAACAGCAUUCACACUGACUGCUUAAUCCAAACCAAACCAAACAAACUAGACACCAGGCAGAUCCUCCGGGAAGACAAACUGCCCCACCGGGUCAGGGACAUUCUCCGCUGACCCUCCGCGACUCUAAAACCAUAGAUUUUUACCUCCAGUUGUUUCUCCCCGCCCCAUGGUGGUGUGUGUGUCUUUGUCCAUGACUGUACCUGUAUGUUUGUAACUAACUUCCUGUAUUGAGUUUGUCGGUGUUGUUCUACUCCCAAACCAUCAAGGUAUGGUAUACAAACUGGGGGCCGUGGGAGGGGGAAGGG